AUGGGGCAACCUGGAAACAUUUUUCUCCUGAGGGUUCUUACACCACGUCACGUCGCUACGCACCAGAGCCGUCACAUCCUUCCUGCCCAUGGUGGACCGCACCGCUUCCCUCUGACGUUCUUCGCGCUACGGUUCGCCCCAUCACUGGAUCUUACAGUGUUCUUCUUACAGGUACUGGCCGUGCCUCUGAACCGUCCCCUCCCAACAGCCCAUCCAUCCUUCAAGCGUGGCAGACGGCUGCCGAGCUUUGCACGGACUAUUUUGGGUGGGUUCCAGAUGAGAUCGGUUCACGGUGAUGAAGCCACCUUAGCUGAUGCUCUGUUGGAAGGUCACCUGCGCGUGAUCAGCGAUGGAUCCUUCAAGAACGAGUUAGAAACCGCGGCGGUUCAACUCUUGGCGAAGCAGGGAGGGUGCAAUCGAAUCAUCAUCCGGUGUCAGACCCCCGGUUUGCCCCAGGAUCAGAGCCCAUACCGCAGCAAACUCAUUGGUCUGUUGGCCGGUAUAAUGGCGGUUGAUUGGCUCCUUAAGCAAUGGUUCCCAAAUCUUUUGACGUGCCCCAAGGUGCGGAUUGCUUGCGAUGGUCUCUCUGCCAUUGAGAUGGCUUUUGAAGAUCGCCCACUGUCUCCAACUGAUGCCCAGUUUGACUUGGUGUCGUCCAUUCGGGAAGCUAUCCUUCGGUCCUCGGUGGAUUGGGCGCCCCAGCACGUGUAUGGACAUCUUGACAAGUCCAAUCUCUUUGACGAACUUUCUUGGUGGGAGAAACGAAACCUUGAGAUGGAUGGAAUGGCGGUGGAGUACCGUAAGGAACUUGAGACGGCCAAUCAUCUCAUAGCCCCCAAUCCUCGUUUCUUCACUGAACUUGCGGCAUUGUACGUGGCGGACACCAAACAGUCACGCCUUGAUCCUCAGUUCAUCCAAGAGUGUGUGACCCUUCCCGCCCUACGCUCGCGCUGGAGGGACAAAGGUACUAUCUCGGCCGCAGCCGAGUCUAAGAUCGCCUGGGACACACUUGGCCGAGCCAUGCGUUCCCUCCCUGCAGGACUACAAAGGUGGUCUACUAAACAUUGUGUGGGCAUGUGUGGCACAGGUAAAUUUAAAGUUCUAUGGGGUUUGGAGACAUCGGCAGCUUGCCCACGCUGUGGCGAUUUUGAGGAUCAUCUUCACGCUCCCCGUUGCCGCGCUGCUUUGGCAACAGUUGAAUGGGACCGUCGCACUGCAGCCUUCUCCGCGUGGCUGGACCUGCAAUUGACGGGCCCUUCCAUCAAAACAGCGAUCCUACAGCUUCUUCACGGCGUUCGCACACCUACUACGUCCCCUCUAAGGACCAUCUCUCCUUCGGUUCAUAUUCCAAAAAAACACACAAUUAAAAACCACACGCAAAUCCGGGUUCCAAAACAGCACCUCUAG